ACAAUAUACAUAUUAAAUUAAUUCAUAUAAUGGAAGUAUAUUCUAAAAGUUAUUUUAACAAAAAUCAGUAUAUAAAUUUGAAAAUAGAAUUCUUUCUUAUAUUCACCUUUUAAAAGCCAAACCGGAUAGUGUUCUGAAAUCUUAAAUAAAUAGAUUUCGAAAUUGUUGAAUAAAACAGCUAAGUUCCGAAUUGUUUUGUCAAACUCGCCUACCAUUCUUGGAUGUGUUAAGGAUAAACUUCCGCUUUGGGCCACAUCAAUGUGUUUCUAUAAAUUUACUUGGUCAUAUGGGUGAUUCCUAUUCCCGUGAAAAUAUUAAAGUGAUUCAACAAGGAAUUGCAAAGCAAACCACAAAGGUGAGAGAAAGUUCGGUAAAUCUUUAUCCUGUGGCAAAUUUCAUUCUCCUAAUCCAUGUGCACUUCGUAAUGCUAAGUGUUUUAAAUGUGGUAGGAUAGGAUACAUUCAGUCAGUAUGCUUCAAGUAGUACUAAACCUUGUAACUUAGGUCCCAAUGAUUUGGCUGAUCCUAAUGAUCAUUUAUCUUUAUCCACCAUCUCGAAAGGUAGUGUUCAUAUUCAGAAGCGAUUAUAUACAUCCGUUGGUUCAUUUCAUGACUUUAUUGUGGACACAACCAGUAUAUAACCCAUUAUUUCAUUCAAUAACUUGAAAUCUUUGUAUUCUAACGUUGUAGUACGACCCACUGAAGUCUCAUUGUUGGAGAUUACUGGACAUAAACUGUUCAUACGAGGAUGUUAUGAACUGCUAAUAAGAGGUGAUAAUUCUUCGUAAAUGCUUUGUGAAUUUUUAGUUAGUGAAACAGUACCAUCAAUACUGAAUUCAAAAAAUCUGAAAAGGUUUAAAAUCGAGUUUUAUUUAUUAGUUGCUAAAGAAAAUUCUGAUGCAUUACUUAAAUAUUUGACGUCUGGGUGUACUAAGUGCAGAAGACGUAUGAGAAUUCAGCCUAUACAACUUCAUGAACAGUGUGAUCCAGUCUAUCUUAAAAGACGAAUAAUUCCUUGUGGUCUUGGAGAAACAGUACAUAUGACAUUGAAUGGUGCGUGUACGAGACGUAUGACUGAACCAAUUCAGUCUUCAUCAUGGAGUAUUCCUAUCGUUACGCCAUUGAAGUCUGAUAGUAAAACCCCUAGAAUAUGUAGUGAUUGCAAAUUAAUACUGAACUCCCGUUUGUUGAAGCGAACCUGAACGACGGUAGAGACUGAAGGUAUUCUAAAUCGACUUCAUGGUUCGAAAGUGUUUUCGAAAGUUGACGUAAAACAUUACAUACUUACGCCUGUUACUCCCAAUGGAGCAUAGGCCUCUGACCAGCAUACUCCAACCCACUCUGUCCUGAGCCUUCUUUUCUAAUUCCAUCCAAUUCUUGUUCAUUCUUCUCAUGUCUAUCUCCAUUUCCCGGCGUAAUGUGUUCUUUAGUCUUCCUCUUUUCCUUUGGCCUUGAGGAUUCCAUGUGACGGC